AAGCAUAGAGAGUGGAUAUUCUUCCCUGGAGAAAACGAGAUCUGAUGCUGAGGAAACACCGACCGGCCCCGACCAGGACUACAGGUGUGAACAUCUCGGCACUGCUGCCACUACUUUUACUUUUUUGUGGGCUUCACUUCUCAACUUCUGCGCUAUCCGGAGUCGGCUCUCUGAGAUCAGCUAAUGGUGGGUUCGAAGGUGUGAUCAGGCUUUAGAGAGGGAAAGAUAAUUGGUGCAAUGGAAGAGAAGGGACAGCAGCAGGUUCAUGCAUCAGGAUCCCACUUGCUCAGACGUGGAAGAGGUGAAACGAACAGGACACACAGCCCCGGAAGAGAGGAGGUGUACCGUCUGUUUGGAAAGCAGCGCAGGCGAUCACAGGUGAUUAAUCAGUUUGAACAGGAGAAUGGGAUGUACACGUCGACCAGCGAGCCGUGUUCCUCCUUAUCAAUAUCUACCUGCUCUGCUUCGGAAUAUGAUCAAGAUGAGAAAGCAGAUCACGGCACGACGCAGGCGUUUGCUUGUGGUCGUGGUGCAUCUGGUGUUUCUGCUUCCACCUGCCGACGCUCCAAAUCGCUGGAGCGGAGUUUGGCUGAACACACUUCUACGCCUGACCUGCUAAAUUUUAAGAAGGGAUGGAUGAUGAGACUGGAAGAAGAUGGAAAGUGGAAGAAGCACUGGUUUGUUCUUACUAACCAAAGUUUAAGAUUCUACAGGGAUACAGUUGCUGAAGAGGCCGCAGAUCUAGAUGGUGAGAUCAACCUGUCCACAUGUUAUGACAUCACAGACUUUCCUGUGCAGAGAAACUAUGGCUUUCGAAUUCACACUGAAGAUGGGGUUUUUACUCUCUGUGUAAUGACAUCCGGGAUUCGCCGGAACUGGAUUCAGGCAGUUAUAAAGAAUGUUCAGACAUCUGUUGCUCCUGAUGUCACAUGCUCUCUUCCUCAAAAGGUGCCAAUGGGCAUGGUUUCUGAAAGUAAGUGCUCCUUUCCGCCAAACUCCUCAUGUUUAGAAGAGGAGAAACGGAGCAGUGUCGGUGAACGACGCAAAGAGGGGCGUUACAAAACCUUUGACUGGGCUGAGUACAGUCACAUGCAGAAGAAAAGAGAGAUGCUCAGCAGGCAGGCAGGAAUAGAAUCAGAGUUGGUCUGUGAUGACUUCGUGCCCCCUGCACCUGCAUCGUCUCCUGAAGACCCUGCAAGCUUCAUCGCAGCGGUGAACAGUGAGACCGGGCAGGCUCCGCACGUUACAAAGCCUUUAGAUACGUCGCCGCUCAUGGUGAGAUCCAGUAUUGUCGCCAGUAAACCAAAUGAUCGGAGGAGUGCAGAAGUUGAUGGUGUGGAUGUCUUUAAAGAUGUUUCUAAUGCACAGAUGAAAGAGAAGACUAAUCUUGACACCACGGCAUCACCAGUCACGUUCUCGUCCCUGUCUGUGCAAACGGAUUGGCAGUGGGAGCUGGAGCUUCAAACACUUCGUAGGGAACUGAAGGCCAUGUAUGAGACAAGUGAGAGAGAGGUGAGGGAGUAUAAACUCUCUGAGUCCCGCCUAAAGACUGAAUUGAAUGAGGCACUGGACAGUCUACAUGAAAUGGAGUCAAAACUACAGAAAACUGAAGCCACCCUAAAGGAACGAGAGAUUGCACUGGAGGAAUUGCGAAGCUGUUUGGAAGAAGUUUCAGGACGUCUGAAGGCUACUGAGGAGGCCCAGGCUCUUAAAGAUGUUCGCCUAGAGCGACACUUGCGCCUCCUGGAAGAGAGUCAAGAAAGAGAGAGGAGGAGUCUCGGCGAUAGUCUGGAGCAUGCUGAGAAGCGUGGGAAGGAGCUGGAGGAGCGUCUUAUGCAAACUGAAGUGAUGCUGCAAAAGAUGCCCACAGGGACCAUUGUGGAGCAGCUGGAGAGAAAGUGCCAAGAAUUACAGAACCAGCUAGAUGAAUCGGACAGUGAGUUGAGUAGGUUGCAGGUACGGCUUCAGAGCGAGGAGACCCUGUACUAUGACAUGGAGCAUAACUACGAGCAAGUAUGUGAAGAGUUGGAGUUUGUGCGUGGCACGUUGCAAAAUUGUGAGAGGGUACAUGAAGAGCGUUUAAGAAUUCAGAUGGAGCAGCAACAAGAAGAGCUUAAUAAAAAGGAGCGGGAACUGCAAGAAGUGUUUAUUAAAAUGGGUUGCUCAGGUUUGACCCUGGAAAUGACUGAGCACUUGUGGCCAAAAGAUGAAAGGCACCAUCUCCAGGAGAGGUCAAACAUGGGAGGGAAGGUCAAGAAUAGCGGGUUUGUUUCUCCAAAUCAUCAACCAGUUUCACAAGGAGAUGAAUCAGAACAAGUAAUCUCUGUGAUACAAGUAUUGGAGAACAAAUUGUGUGACACAGAGGAGAGACUUCAAGAGAUCACUAUGCACCUAAAACAACAGCAGCAAAAACUUGCUGAUCAGGUUAAUGUUGAAGACCAACGAAGUGUGCACAUAUCUCAUACCCUAGAUCUCCAGGAAGCGUUGCAAGAAGAAGGGGCGAGUCCAAAAAAGCUGAUAUCUCAAACCAUAAUUAGCAGGCUGCUGUCUCUAGAGUCACUGGUCAUCCAGAAGAUGGCUUCGACACUUGAGCAUCCUAGCAAACUUUCAGAGUUGCAAUCCCACACCAAGACUUUCAGAGGGACUUAUGAUUGGAGGCUUGAGGUGCCAGUCUCAAGAGAUUACUCUCAGUUGUUCUCAUACCAUCCUGAAAUAGGUGAGGCAGAUUGCAUUCUGGAUGAGCUUGAGAUUUUUAGCAUAUGUAUGAAGGCUGAAUUAGCAUACCUCACAUACACAAACCACUUUCACAACCCAGAGCAAGAGCAUGUGUCACAGAAUUUUAAUGUCCCAUUCUAUCUAGGUUCUGAGGAUGGACCACUUGAUAGUAAAGAAGAAAACGGUUUAAAAACAGGACUCCAAGUGUCUGAUCAUUGUAAGGAACAGACACAAUGUGAAAAUCUGGGAUAUUACCCAGAAGACAUGGACAAAGACCGUCUAGUGGUAGCUCUACGGACACAAGCCCGUUCCCUCCAGGCCCUCUCCAGGCAGCUUCAUCCUUCGGAUGAAGAUGCAGGUGCACUGUCUAAGAUUUCUCCAGCCCUUCUGCAGGCCGUGGUGCUCCAGGCCAGUCUGGCAUACAUGGCAAGCCGACUACACGUAAGUCUGCAGCAGCAAGUGCGUCUCCUGCAAAAUCAGCGCGAGCAGGCUGUGUGCCAGUGCCACAGACUGGAAACCCUCUUGCAGGAACAGGCAGAGCACUAUGAAGAAAAGCUGCGUGAAAAUCUUGUAGUUUUGGAGGUGGCCAAGCUGGCGCGUAUCUCUGCAGAGACAGAUGCCCAGAUAAAGGGGCAAGAAGUGCAGCAUCUGGAAGCAGAGUGUAAGAAAAAGCUCAAGGAGCUUCAGCAAAUCCACGAAGAAGAGAUGACUCGUCUCCAUGGAUACUACACACAGGUCCAGUCCCAGACUAUGGCCCAAACAGAAUCCAGUAAUGGAGAUGGCAAACUUUCUGUGACUGCUAUGAAGGAAAGAAUCAGUGAGCUAGAGAUGCAGAUUAGACAAUUGGAAGAAGAGAUUAGCAGAGGAGAUGCAAACACUUUGAGAAAGGCAUAUGAACAGGAACUGGAGACACUUAAGGUUACCUGUGAACUCGGCUUCAGCAGCAUGGAACAAAGUCAUCAGAGAGUGAUUGAGGAAAUGCAGCGACAGCACCAGAUUGAGGUGGAACAGCUUCUGGAGGAGAAAGAGCGAGUACUCCAAGAAGAAACUAAUGCCACAAUUGCAGCUAUUGAGGCCAUGCGUAAAGCUCAUAAAGAGGAGCUGGAGAAAUGUCAAAAAGCUCAGCGGAGUGGAGCCAGCACAGACAUCAAUAAACUUCAUGCCCAGUUUAAAGAAGAGCUGGAUUCACUACACAGGGAGCUGGAGGCGUUGUCUGAGCAAUACUCUCAGAAAUGCUUGGAGAAUGCACACCUGAGUCGAACCAUAGAGACUGAAAGACAAGCCCUGUGCUCUGUAGAGAGAGAAAAUCAGGAACUCCAUACACGCAAUAAGAACCUGAAUAAGCGUCUAGUGGCUGAACUUGCGCUAAUGCAGUCCAGUGUGAAUGGAGGAGUUGAACAAGCAGAAUUUUCUCAAGGCAAAGAUGUUAUUCAGCUGGAGGUGGCGUUAAGAGUGAAGGAGUCAGAAAUCCAAUGUCUGAAGCAAGAGAUCAGCUCACUAAAGGAGGAGCUUCAGGCUGCAAACAGAAAUAGUAAGAAGCUGCUGAAUGAGAUGAGUGUUUCAGGAGUAAAAUGUUCAUCUGCCUGUGCUAAACGCAGCACCGAGACGUCCAGGCAACGAAGCCAAAGUUACGAUGUGAUGAAGUCGAGAAGUAAUCCUGACUUCCUGAAGAACCGUACCAAACUAAACCAAUCAACCAGAUCCAAGAGUCUGAAGGAACGCCUUUCUGUUCAGGAGAAAAUGAAGCUUUUUGAAUCGGGCAGCAAGUAGAAAGAUCACAUUGUCUCUCUGUAUGUGUGCACUUUCACUGUUUCUGUGUGUUGUGUAUAUGGGAUUAAUUUAUUUUUUUAAUAAGUUGUACAUAAAGGGAAUGGGUUUAUAUUUUUAUUUGUUAUUGUAUAAAAUGAUGCUGAGAUCUUUCCUUAGUCUGUCCAAUCUGUCCCUGCUCUUUGUUCACAGUUUUGUUAUACUUUAUUUUUUAAGACUUUUAGCUCAAUGAAAUUUAC